AUGGACAUGUUCUCUACAGAGAAUUCAAGCUUCAGUCCUCGAAUUUCAUUCUCCCAUAAUCUCGAUGACUUGCUCAUUGAAAGCUACCCAUCUCCAUCCAAUCCCAAUCCCAAUUCCAAUCCCAAUCCCAAAUCCGAUUUCGAUUUUGAUUUUUGCUUCACGGCUGAUCCGAUUCAAAACGAAACUUCUUCUGCUGACGAGCUCUUCUCCAACGGUCUGAUCCGUCGACCCAAUUGCGAUGAAGAGAACCAGUUGCUCGUCCCAAAUUCUUCUUCAACUGAUCAUGAGAUCUUUCGUGAAGGCCAAAUCCGUGAAGAAUAUCUUGAACAGAAAAGGAUAAAUUCUUCUUCAACACCAUCUAUGGAAAUAUCAAAAGAGAUUGUUUUGAUCGAAUCAAAAUCCUUUUGGAGGAUCAAGAGAAGUAGUAGUCUCCACUUUGAGAGCACCAAACAGAAGACUUCUUCAUUCUGGUCAUCGUUGCCACUUCUAUCUCGAAGUAACUCAACUGGGUCCGUCGAAAAAGAUGGUCAAAGCAAACAAAGUCAUCAGUUGCAGAAGAAGCAAAGCAAGAACUCAUCAAUGGCGGUUUAUAGUUCUUCGAUGAAGCCGCCAUUGAAGAGGAAUCAUGGAGGAACGUAUGAUUAUGGGACUCGGAUUACUCCAGUUCUUAAUGUUCCACCUCCUUUCGUUUCAAAAGGUGCUGCAAAUCUUUUGGGAUUGGGUUCUUUCUUUGGCCAUGGCAGUGAUGAUCAGAAGAACAAGAAACAGUCAUGGUAA